AUGCCAUCAGGGGAUACAUGGUGCCAUCAGGGGAUACAUGGUGCCAUCAGGGGAUACAUGGUGCCAUCAGGGGAUACAUGGUGCCAUCAGGGGAUACAUGGUGCCAUCAGGGGAUACAUGGUGCCAUCAGGGGAUACAUGGUGCCAUCAGGGGAUACAUGGUGCCAUCAGGGGAUUCAUGGUGCCAUCAGGGGAUACAUGGUGCCAUCAGGGGAUACAUGGUGCCAUCAGGGGAUACAUGGUGCCAUCAGGGGAUACAUGGUGCCAUCAGGGGAUACAUGGUGCCAUCAGGGGAUACAUGUGUUCUCGUCUCGUCACGGCGACGCAGUGUUCUCGUCUCGUCACGGCGACGCAGUGUUCUCGUCUCGUCACGGCGACGCAGUGUUCUCGUCUCGUCACGGCGACGCAGUGUUCUCGUCUCGUCACGGCGACGCAGUGUUCUCGUCUCGUCACGGCGACGCAGUGUUCUCGUCUCGUCACGGCGACGCAGUGUUCUCGUCUCGUCACGGCGACGCAGUGUUCUCGUCUCGUCACGGCGACGCAGUGUUCUCGUCUCGUCACGGCGACGCAGUGUUCUCGUCUCGUCACGGCGACGCAGUGUUCUCGUCUCGUCACGGCGACGCAGUGUUCUCGUCUCGUCACGGCGACGCAGUGUUCUCGUCUCGUCACGGCGACGCAGUGUUCUCGUCUCGUCACGGCGACGCAGUGUUCUCGUCUCGUCACGGCGACGCAGUGUUCUCGUCUCGUCACGGCGACGCAGUGUUCUCGUCUCGUCACGGCGACGCAGUGUUCUCGUCUCGUCACGGCGACGCAGUGUUCUCGUCUCGUCACGGCGACGCAGUGUUCUCGUCUCGUCACGGCGACGCAGUGUUCUCGUCUCGUCACGGCGACGCAGUGUUCUCGUCUCGUCACGGCGACGCAGUGUUCUCGUCUCGUCACGGCGACGCAGUGUUCUCGUCUCGUCACGGCGACGCAGUGUUCUCGUCUCGUCACGGCGACGCAGUGUUCUCGUCUCGUCACGGCGACGCAGUGUUCUCGUCUCGUCACGGCGACGCAGUGUUCUCGUCUCGUCACGGCGACGCAGUGUUCUCGUCUCGUCACGGCGACGCAGUGUUCUCGUCUCGUCACGGCGACGCAGUGUUCUCGUCUCGUCACGGCGACGCAGUGUUCUCGUCUCGUCACGGCGACGCAGUGUUCUCGUCUCGUCACGGCGACGCAGUGUUCUCGUCUCGUCACGGCGACGCAGUGUUCUCGUCUCGUCACGGCGACGCAGUGUUCUCGUCUCGUCACGGCGACGCAGUGUUCUCGUCUCGUCACGGCGACGCAGUGUUCUCGUCUCGUCACGGCGACGCAGUGUUCUCGUCUCGUCACGGCGACGCAGUGUUCUCGUCUCGUCACGGCGACGCAGUGUUCUCGUCUCGUCACGGCGACGCAGUGUUCUCGUCUCGUCACGGCGACGCAGUGUUCUCGUCUCGUCACGGCGACGCAGUGUUCUCGUCUCGUCACGGCGACGCAGUGUUCUCGUCUCGUCACGGCGACGCAGUGUUCUCGUCUCGUCACGGCGACGCAGUGUUCUCGUCUCGUCACGGCGACGCAGUGUUCUCGUCUCGUCACGGCGACGCAGUGUUCUCGUCUCGUCACGGCGACGCAGUGUUCUCGUCUCGUCACGGCGACGCAGUGUUCUCGUCUCGUCACGGCGACGCAGUGUUCUCGUCUCGUCACGGCGACGCAGUGUUCUCGUCUCGUCACGGCGACGCAGUGUUCUCGUCUCGUCACGGCGACGCAGUGUUCUCGUCUCGUCACGGCGACGCAGUGUUCUCGUCUCGUCACGGCGACGCAGUGUUCUCGUCUCGUCACGGCGACGCAGUGUUCUCGUCUCGUCACGACGACGCAGUGUUCUCGUCUCGUCACGACGACGCAGUGUUCUCGUCUCGUCACGACGACGCAGUGUUCUCGUCUCGUCACGACGACGCAGUGUUCUCGUCUCGUCACGACGACGCAGUGUUCUCGUCUCGUCACGACGACGCAGUGUUCUCGUCUCGUCACGACGACGCAGUGUUCUCGUCUCGUCACGGCGACGCAGU